AUGGCCGAGGCAGGCGUGCCCAUUACCAACACUCUCUUCCCCCCGCCGCCGGGCUACUACAAGGCGUUCACGCCCGCGGCGCUCGAGCGCCUCGCCGAGCUCGAGGGCGGCAAGGUCGCCGACAAUGGCGACGCCGCGCCGGGUGAUGAUGUCGAGAUCUCAGAGUCGGCUGCGGCCCCUGCAGAACCGGGAGAGCUCGAGGCGCUCGAGACCUCGUUGAAACCACCACGCGCCGACUGGGUGCUCGAGGACGGGCGGUGGAUGCUCUUUGGGCAGAUGUACACUGCCAAGCCACAUAUCGCUACGGCGCGUGAGAUAGGCCUCCCAGCGCUCGUGUCAGACCCAGUAUCGACGGGCGGCGAUGCUGAGCGCGCGGCACUGCCCGCCCUCCUCCAGAGCUUCCUCCACACCCUUGUGGCGCUACUCGACGUGUUGACCGGCACGGCGCGUAUUCCUGGCGAGCUCGAGCUCACUGGCCGCGCGAGUGAAGGCGAUCAGUACAUCCAGCAUCUCAGUAACCUCGCGGCGACGAUGAUGGUCUCGGCAAACCAGCUCCGCGGUGUACAGGCUGAAGCCACUCUUGUCAUGCUCAUGGAGAAGCAGCUCGCCGAGAGGCGUGACCAGACGACUAAGUUGAGGGCUAAAUGCCGUGAGGUCGCUGCCACGAUCGAGAGAUUAAAGAAGGAAGCGGCUGGUCUGACAGGAGCGGACGAGGCUGACCCGGUCGAGGUCGAGGUCGCGGUCGAAACCGAAGCCGAGCCAGCAGAGGAGGCAGAAGACGCAGACGACCUCAUCGAGGUCGACGCCUAGUGAUUAGUUGGGAGUAGCCCAGUAGUCGAUACCCUGCACAUGC